AUGGAGAAUAAUGAGAAUGUGGCUGACUAUUUCAAUCGAGUGCAGACAGUCACCAAUCAGAUGAAAUCCAAUGGAGAAGUGAUGACUGAGGUGGUGAUCAUUGAAAAGAUUUUGAGGACACUAACACAACGAUACGAUCACAUAGUGGUGGCGAUUGAAGAAUCAAAGAAUCUUGAUAAAAUGAAGUUGGAAGAUCUGCAAAGCUCCCUAGAAGCUCAUGAGUUAAGGGAUCAAGAUGAGGAGGCUAAAGGUUCAAGAAGUCAGCAAAAUAGUGAUAAUAAAAGAAAGAAACCAUCUGGCAAGAAGAAGUUUGAUAAAAAGAGGAUCCAAUGUUAUAAUUGUCAAAAAUAUGGGUAUUUUGCAGAUGAAUGCAUAUCCAAGAAAGUACAAAGAUAUAACGAUGAAGCUCAACUGGCCCAUGUAGACAGUUAUGACUCAGAUGAAGUGUUACUGAUGGCUUCUACAAGCAUGGAAGAUAACAGUCCAGGAUUGUGGUAUCUUGACACAGGGUGCUCAACUCACAUAACUGGCCAUAAAGCCAACAGUAUAGUAACAGCUGAAGGAGUUGGCAUGAUCUUGAUUCAAAGAAGGGAUGACCAACAAUCUUUCAUAUGUGAUGUGUUGUAUGUGCCAAAUAUGAAGAACAAUCUGCUAAGCCUUGGACAAUUGCUGGAGAAAGGAUAUUCUAUGAAUAUGGAGAAUGGAAAAAUGAAGAUGUUUGAUAGUGCAAAGAUGCUUAUCUUGAAGGCACCACUGUCCAAGAACAUAACCUUCAAGAUUGAGAUCCAGAUCAAUGAAAAUCAGUGUCUUGCUGCAGACAUCAGGAGGGAAUAG